UUGCAAGCAAUUAAUAAGUGCAUAGACGAUAUACAUAAUAUUUAUAAAAACAUUUUAAGUUUGUGUUGUGUUUCCGAAGACUUAGAGUUCGAGGAUAGCUUGGAAACCAUGGGUUCCGACAAUUUUGACUUGAAAACGGCCUUAGCGCUGUUACCUAUAAUGACUACUCAGGAAAAUAUUACUUUGCAAUUGAUAGAUAGCAUCCAACUUUAUAGUGGCAUGCUUAACGACGAAGGCAGGAAACAAUUGAUAGAUUUUGUUUUGAAAACUAGGCUUUCUAGUAGUGCUAAGUUACGACUAAAAUCAAGUUACACAUCUAUUCAUGAUUUGAUUAAAGAUAUGCGUAUGCAUUUACUACAGAAAAAAUCUGCGAUCGCAAUUCAAUCGCAACUUCAUUGCGCUAGCCAAGGUCGCAGGUCGAUUGACAAGUUUGGGUCCGAAUUAGAACAGUUAUUCGUUAACCUAACGAUAGCACAGGCUGACGGAGACGACAAAAAAUUCGACGUCCUUCGUCCUUUAAACGAAAAAAUCGCAAUUAAACGUUUUGCAGAUGGACUGUCCGAUUCACGUUUAAGUACCAUCAUCGCCUCACGACAGUUCCAUUCUCUUCCAGAGGCAAUCCAAACCGCCCUCGACGAAAGUAGUUUAUCUGUCGGUCAAGAGCAAGUCAUGAACUUCAAUAAAUCGUAUCGUGGGAAUAGAAAUGCCAGAUUCGGUGGUAGACGCGGUAAUACCACGAAUAGGUAUAAUUCGGGCAAUAAUAAUAACCAUAAUACACAAAACGGUUAUUAUAACCAGAAUAAUAGGACUUUUUAUAGAGGUCGUUCGACACGGGGAAAUGGUCGCGGAAGGUACCAACGAGGUACCCCGCGUGGGCAGUAUGCCUCACCCCGGUCAAACGUGAACGAAGCCCGCGUUGCCCAGGUGCAGCCUGAACAAAAUGAGAGCGAACAACGCACUCAAUCUGCACCGAAUAGUGAGUUUUUUCGCCCCUUCAAUUAGCGAACAUUUCAUUUUAAACUAUAACAUAGAUAGUACGGUUCAAUUAGAGUUAGGUACGCAUGAAAAUAUAAGCUUAUUAGUAGAUAGCGGUGCAAGUAUUUGUGUCAUGAAAUAUGAGUGGCUACUACGUCACCCACAGUAUAUGAAUGCAUUGAAUUACGAUAAAUUAACUAUCAAAGGUGUUAGCGGUAGGUUAAUUUCUGAAGGUUACAUAUACUUAGAUUUAUCAUGUAAGGGCGUUAGUUUAAAAGAAAAGUUUUAUGUUUUUAAGAAUUUAUCUUGUCUUGCAGACGGUAUUUUAGGUGAAAAUUUUUUUAGGCGUUAUAAUGCCAUUAUCGAUUAUGGAACAAAUACACUAAGGUUAUCCAAUCAAGGAUCUUUAGUUUGUAUAAGCAUAGGUAGAAAUCGCGACAGGUAUGUACAUACGAUACCCGCGCGUUGUGAAGUGAUAAAACACAUUCCUUGCAUUUUAACUGAGGACAGUGUAGUUUUAGCGGAAGAAAUAAAGAAAGGAGUUUUUAUAGCCGGAAUGAUUUCAAAGCCCUCAAAUAAUAGUAUCCCAUUACGAAUUUUAAAUACAACUAAUGAGGAUAUUGAGGUUGAUUUUUCGAAUAUUAAUAUACAAUCUAUUAAUAGUUUUGAAGUAGCACAUCUCGGAAAAAGUCAUAAUUCUGUAGAGCGAGUUAAAACUUUAUUUGAUUUACUCGAUCUGAAUUACUUAAAUAAAGAGGAAAGACUCAGUAUCGAACAAAUUUGUGCCAAAUACGCCGACGUAUUUCACUUACCAGGCGAUUCUUUAUCAGUAACUAAUUUGAUGGAGCACAACAUCGUUUUAAAAGAUAAUGUGACCCCUGUCUAUAUGAAACCUUAUAGGGUCCCUCAAGCUUUAAAAAGCGAGAUAGAUAGGCAAGUACAGGAAAUGCUCGACAAUGACAUUAUAGAGGAGACAGUUUCGGAAUGGUCUAGUCCAGUUUUAUUAGUACCAAAAAAGGCAGACAAAUCAAAUCAAAAGAAAUGGAGGUUAGUAGUUGACUACAGACAGUUAAAUAACAGAAUACAAGAUGAUAAAUUCCCGUUGCCCAAUAUUACCGAAAUCUUAGAUUCUUUAUCAGGAAGUAUAUACUUUUCAAAAUUAGACCUUUCACAGUCAUAUUAUCAGUUAUCUUUAAGUCCAAACUCACGUAAAUAUACCUCAUUUAGUUUAAAUAAAAUGUACCAACUUUCUCUCGAUAGUGAAUCUCGAAAAUAUACCACAUUCACAGCUGGAAAACAGUACCAAAUGAAGCGCUGUCCAAUGGGACUUAAAACAAGCGCAAGUGUUUUUUCUAGACUAAUGACGAUAGCUAUGGCCGGUCUUAAUUACCAAAAAUGUUUCAUUUAUCUCGAUGAUUGCGUUGUAAUAGGAAAUUGUAUCGAAAACCACAACAAAAAUCUCAUUGAUGUUCUAAAUCGAUUCAGAAAAGUAAAUUUAAAAUUAAAUCCCAUCAAAUGUGAAUUUCUGCGAAAAGAAAUAGUAUACCUGGGACACAAGAUAACUCAGGAAGGUAUUUUCCCAGACCCAGGCAAAAUUGACACCAUACAGACUUACCCACGGCCAAGUUGCGCUGACGAAGUAAAACGCUUUGUUGCAUUUGCCAACUACUACCGACGAUUCAUAUCAGGUUUCGCUGAUAUCGUGUAUCCACUUAACCGAUUGUGUAAAAAAGGUAUAAGUUUUGAAUGGACAAAUUAUUGCGAAAUUUCAUUUAAUAAAUUAAAAUCCGCACUUAUGAACCCUCCCGUAUUAGACUAUCCAGAUUUUUCGGAAAAUAAUAUCUUCAAAUUACAGACGGAUGCAUCCAAAUUAGGUCUUGGAGCAGUAUUAUCAAAUGGAAAUGGAAAAGUAAUCGCAUAUGCUAGUCGAAGCUUAAAGCCAGCCGAGACUAGAUAUCCAGUGAUAGAAUUAGAGCUAUUAGCCAUAGUUUGGGCUGUUCGUCAUUUUCGUCCUUACUUAUACGGCCGAAAGUUUAAAAUCUUUUCUGACCAUAGACCUCUCGUUUAUUUAUUCGGAUUGAAAGACCCAUCCAGUCGUUUAACUAAAUUCCGUUUAUAUUUAGAGGAAUACGACUUUGUUGUUGAGUACGUCCCUGGUCGAAAUAAUGCAGCUGCAGAUGCGUUAAGUCGACUUCAGGUGACCUCACAAGACUUAAAAGAUAUGCACGAACAAGUAGUAUCGGUUUUGACUAGAGCUCAAAGCAAACGUAAAAUGACUCAAGUAGGAGACCAACAGACUGACAACCUUCCUCCAGCUUGCGGGCCUGAUCAACCUGCGGCUGUGGAAGUACUUAAAAAACCAAACGAUGUAGUCGAGUUGCGUUUUUCCGACAGUCAAAAAUUUGCAAAUAACUUACAAAUAUUAAAAACAAAAUAUUGCACGUACGUCCCAUCGCAAUCCGCGAUAUUUCUUUAUUCUCGAUCGUUAUCAUCCCCAGAGGAGUUAGCGAGAGAUUUAGAAAAAAUGUGCUUAAAAUUAAAUAUUAAAGAAUUGCUCAUAACUAAAAAUAAGAGUAAUUGUAAAUACAUUACAUAUUUGCUGCGCAGCAUAAAUAAAUGUAAAAUAACGUCACCAAGAUUUUUAAUUAUCAAAGACUUAAAAAGAAUAAAUGAUAAAGAUGAAAUUAUUACGAUUUUAAAUGACUUUCACCUCUUGCCCACAAGUGGACAUGCAGGAAUAAAUAGGAUGAUAAAUAAUAUCAAAAAAUAUUACUUCUGGCCAGGAAUGUCCAAUGACGUCAUGAAGUAUGUAAAGCGAUGUAAAAGUUGUCAAAUACAAAAGUCUUCGAAUAGACAUUUUAAAGAGCCUUUGACGAUAACGUCAACUGCUAACUCAGCGUUCGAACGUGUUAGUUUAGAUAUAAUGGGCCCACUAGAUAUAGAUAAUUAUAAUAACAAAUAUAUUUUAACUAUUCAAUGCGAUUUAAGCAAAUUCGUUGAGGCUUAUCCUCUGCCAAGGAAAGAUAGUGAAACAGUAGCUAGGAGUUUUGUAAACAACUUUAUAUUACGCUAUGGAGUACCGAAACAGUUUAUUAGUGAUAAGGGAACUGAGUUUACAUCUUCCGUUAUGUCUGAAGUUUGCAAAUUACUAAAUAUAGAAAAAAUCCAUUCAACCCCGUAUCAUCAUGAGACUAUAGGUGGUUUAGAAAACACACACAAGCAUCUCGGUGCGUAUCUCAGAAUUCAAUGCGAAAAUAAUAAGUCUGAUUGGAGUGAUUGGAUUCCAUUUUGGUGUUUUUCUUUUAACACUAGUGUACAUUCACAAACAAAAUAUACUCCAUAUGAACUUGUUUUUGGCAAAGUUUGUAAUUUACCAAGUAACUUAUCAGAGCAUGUAGAUCCAUUAUACAAUUUUGAUGACUAUCCCAAGGAACUUAAAUAUCGUUUACAAAAAGCUCAACAAGAUGCUAGGCAAAAUUUGUUACAUUGUAAAGAUAUUAGAAAAGUUAAAUAUGAUCAAAACAGUUGUAAUUUUAAAUAUAAACCAGGAGACUUAUUAUUAGUAAAAAAUCAAGUAGGCAAUAAAUUAGAUUGUGUUUAUAAAGGUCCUUAUAAAGUAAUACAAGACAUUUCGCCAAAUGUAAAAAUACUUAAAGAUAAUAAGGAAAUUGUUAUUCAUAAGAAUAAUACUAAGUUGUUUAAUAACUAAAAAAAAAGUUUGUUUUAUUAUUAUGAUGUGUUAUGUGUUAUGUAUUGUGAUUAUAACAUUGUCAUGUAUAAUUUUAAUAAAUAGUUAUUGUACUUACUUAUUAAUAGACUACUUAUGUAUGUAAAGCUCAAUGAUACGUGGCCAAACUUUUUUUUUCUUGCAAAGGGGAGGCACCUACCCUUUACUUUUCGGGGGAGGUGAAGUAUGUAAAUUGCUUACUUUACAAAUAGCAUCCAAUUCCCGUAAACCGGUCACGCGCACGUAUCGUUCUGCU